GGCUCAGGCUGCAGCAGCUGCCGUGAGGGAGGGAAGCGGCCCGCGGGAGCUGCCUCGGGCCCGGCUUCUCGCUCCCUCCCCUCUCUCCCAUGAGCGCUUGAGCGACCCGGCUCGAGCAUGUCGGAUUGUUUCGACCGGGCUCCCGGUGCCGGCCGAGGCCAGGGCCGGGGCCGAGGUAGCGGCGCCCUGCUGAGCGGAUCCGGCGCCGCGGAGAGCGGGAGCGGCGGGGCCCGUCUCGCAGGCAGCGGCUUCCCCAGCUCGGGGCCCGCCGAACCGCAGCACAAGCCGGGCCUCCUGCAGCAGCAGGAGCCGCUUCGGCCGCCCAAGACAGCGCCGCCGGGCACCGGAAACGCAGAACAUAUGCUGCAGACAAAAGUCCCCCCUGUAUCCCAAGAUAAAAUUGCAGCUCACGAUUGUGGAUCAGCAAUGGCUAAACCUCAGUUGGUUGUGGCACCAGUGGCAACGUCAAAAUUGUCAGUGAAUGCACCUGAGUUUUAUCCGUCGGGAUAUAAUCCUAGUUUUACAGAUUCCUCUUUUGAAGAUGGAUGUGAUAGCUAUCCAACUCUGACAGAAUACGUACAGGAUUUCUUAAAUCACCUCACUGAACAACCAGGCUGUUUUGAAACUGAAAUAGAGCAUUUUGCAGAGACACUGAAUGGGUGGGUCACUACAGAUGAAGCAUUACAAGAGCUUGUUGAACUCAUCUAUCGACAGGCCACAUCUGUCCCCAAUUUUUCCUACAUGGGAGCACGGCUGUGUAAUUAUCUAUCUCAUCAUCUAACCAUUAAUCCACAAAGUGGAAACUUCCGGCAAUUGUUACUUCAGAGAUGUUUUUGUAGGUGUCGAACGGAGUAUGAAAACAGAGAUCAAGCAGCAAAAGGUGAUGAGGCUACUCGAAAAAGAUUUCAUACUUUUGUGCUGUUCUUAGCUGAACUUUAUCUUAACCUGGAGAUUAAGGGAACGAAAGGACAAGUAAUGCGAGCAGAGAUUCUGCAGACUGGCCUUCGGGAAUUACUGAACGCGCUUUUUUCUAAUCCUGUGGACAACAAUUUGAUUUGUGCAGUAAAGUUACUGAAGUUGACCGGGUCAGUUUUGGAAGAUGCAUGGAAAGAAAAAGGAAAGACUGAUAUGGAUGAAAUGGUUCAGAGAAUUGAAAAUGUUGUCCUGGAUGCGAACUGCAGCAGAGAUGUAAAACAGAUGCUACUGAAACUAGUAGAACUACGCUCAAGUAACUGGGGUAGAGUUCAUGUAACCUCAACAUAUAGGGAAGCAACACCUGAAAAUGACCCCAACUAUUUUAUGAAUGAACCAACAUUUUACACCUCUGAGGGUGUUCCUUUCACUGCAGCAGACCCAGAUUAUCAAGAGAAAUAUCAAGAGUUGCUUGACAGAGAGGAUUUCUUUCCAGAUUAUGAGGAAAAUGGAACAGACUUAUCAGGGGCUGGAGAUCCGUACUUUGAUGACAUCGAUGAUGAGAUGGAUCCAGAAAUUGAAGAAGCAUAUGAAAAAUUCUGCUUAGAAUCAGAACGUAAGAGAAAACAGUGAGAUGUUAUACACAAUAUUAGCUUAAUAAAGCAGUUUAGGUAUGAUUAGUAAACAGAAAACCAAGAGAACUUGUCACAUAUAUACCAAAUUAAGGUUGUUGAGUUUCUCUGAGUAUUAAAGUUAUGCAAUUUCCAUUUUGUUAAACUGAAUCUGCCAAAAAUUGUAAACUUAUGCCCUGUAACUUAAAAUGUUGUGUAUAUAUCAUAGUUUAUUUUAUGUACAGUUAAAUGAACAAUGUUUUGGCUGCAAUAAAAUUGUUAUGAAAAGUAUCACAUGGAAAUAAAAUUUUACUAACUUGGAACUGUCCCAUUAAAAUGCUAAAUUUCUCUUGGAAGAAAUGAAAACCUUGAGUUAAAAAUAAAUUGCUCACUUAUUUUAGUAUA